GAUAACGUAAAGGCAACCGCAUUUCAGAAUUACACUUCGGAUAAGACAUACCCGCUGUGUGUGCUGCGUGCAAUAUAGAGUGAGAGAGAAAGCUCGAGAGAGUGAGAGAGAGAGCGAUUGACAGAACGAGAAACACAUCGUCGCCAUCACCCAGCCUUCGCUGCAGCGAAAAGAACCUAUACAAAUAAUAUGGCAUCUCUUCAGCAUCUCUCUUCCUCCAUUAUCACUCCCCCGCCAUCACAACUUCGCUCUCGUUUCCAUUCCCGCCGCCGCCGUGCUCUCCUUCCGUCAGCCUCCGCCAAUCGUGAGUCUCCUUGUCCCCAACAAAUAAACAUUGCCAUUAGCCGCCGGCAAUUGAUAGGUGGCUUCCAUGCUGCCGCCGCAGUUUCACUUUCGCCGCUCGGCAGCAAGGCUUUGGCUGCGGAUGAGCCGCUCUCUGAGUGGGAAAGAGGUUACCUCCCCAUUGACCCAGGCGUGGUCCUUCUUGACAUUGCUUUUGUUCCGGACGACCCCUCUCACGGUUUUCUAUUAGGGACUAGACAAACUAUUCUGGAGACAAAAGAUGGAGGAAACACUUGGGCUCCACGCUCCAUACCCUCUGCUGAAGAUGAGGAUUUUAACUAUAGAUUCAACUCCAUCAGCUUUAAAGGAAAGGAAGGUUGGAUUAUAGGCAAACCAGCUAUUCUGCUGUAUACUGCGGAUGCAGGAGAUACCUGGCAACGGAUACCUUUAAGUGCUCAACUUCCUGGUGAUAUGGUAUAUAUACAAGCCACUGGAGCCAAGGGUGCAGAAAUGGUAACCGAUCAAGGUGCAAUAUAUAUAACAUCUAAUGGUGGAUACAACUGGAAGGCUGCUGUCCAAGAGACUGUUUCAGCAACUUUAAACAGAACAGUUUCCAGUGGCAUCAGUGGUGCCAGCUACUAUACAGGCACUUUUAGCACUGUGAAUCGGUCACCUGAAGGAAACUAUGUUGCUGUUUCUAGUCGUGGUAACUUCUAUUUGACGUGGGAACCAGGUCAGCCAUUCUGGCAGCCACAUAACAGGGCUGUCGCAAGAAGAAUCCAGAACAUGGGCUGGAGAGCUGAUGGUGGUCUUUGGCUUCUAGUGCGUGGUGGGGGACUUUACCUCAGUAAGGGCACUGGGAUAACUGAGGAAUUUGAGGAAAUUCCGGUACAAAGUCGUGGAUUUGGGAUUCUUGAUGUUGGGUACCGGUCACAGGAUGAGGCAUGGGCUGCUGGUGGCAGUGGUAUCCUUUUGAAAACCACAAACAGUGGGAAGACCUGGAUCCGCGACAAAGCAGCUGACAACAUUGCUGCCAAUCUGUAUUCUGUAAAGUUUGUAAAUGACAAACAAGGAUUUGUGCUAGGGAAUGAUGGUGUGUUGCUAAAGUAUCUCGGAUGAAUCAGCACUUUGAUGAUGGUCUUGAAAAUGACACCAUGAUUUUUGCACCUCAUUCGAUGUACAUUACAUAUGGUAAAUCGUCAGAGUCUUGUUUGUUGUAGGUAAUUUUGCCAGAUGCUGUGACAUAUACAGGUCAGAGUCUUGUUUGUUGUAGGUAAUUUUGCCAGAUGCUGUGACAUAUACAGGUUCCGAACCCAUACUUCCAGUUCGCUUCUCGUAAUGAUGGAUCUGUGUUAUGUAUGUAUAAUAUUAUCUGUUACUCUCUGUUGCAUUAUAAAUGUCCGGCAAGAUUCAGUGUGCCAACUUCUAUUAUCGGCUGCUAAACGAUUUUAAGUGGAUAAUGGCAUCAAAUUUGUUAGAGAUCAACAGUUUUCAGCAUUUUUGUAACACCAUAAAAUGUCACAUGGUAUAUUCAAGUUUAAAAGUAAUAAAUCUGUGUUUUACUGGCAA